CUGCCCACAAGGUCUAGCCAACGAACGCCAGGGAUCUGCUUGAAUCAGUUGAUAUACCACCUGGAGUUCAGAGAAGAGGAAAGUCUAUUUUAUUAACGGAAGACUACUCGCUGUGUACGACAUGAGGUCCUGGAGACGUCCACCUAUUUCCCGGCUCUCUUGCCACAAGCUCCCUCUUCAGCAUCAGUCAAGACUCAUCUAGCAUUUUGAAUAGCAUCAUCUGCUAUACGAGCUGGAGUAUAUACAUUCUUCCUUCCUCGUAUUUUGCAUCAACUUGUUGUUAAAUCAACGCACUGCAUCUUGUUGGGGGAUAAGAACAUGGUCUCUACAGGACACAAAGGCGCAUUUUCCGAAACCAAGCCCGGUGAGCAUACGAUCUUGCUUCCGGCAGACAAGAACCUGAGCCCCAAAAAAUCAACGUCUCCGGAAGCGCAUCAAGACCCCAGGAAGGAUUCUACUUCGGAGGAGGUCUGGAAGCCAAAUUUCAACCGCCGUCAAUCAUGGAGUCGGGAAGACCAAAAGCAUGAGAUGCAGAGAGACCUGAUGGGCCCUGAGAAACGCAGGUAUUCAGGGUACUCGGAGACGUUGCAUAAGAGUUCUUAAAUGGGGAGCAGUUUCAUAUUAGGGAUUACAAAUCCAUUCCUUAUAAUUUUCCUUGGUGGCACUUCGCUCUGUUCAGUUGACGUGCUGUUCAGUUGACGUGCUGUCCUUGUUUUUCUUUCCUGCUGUUGACGUUUUCAGUCCUGGGUUUGUUGCCAACUUCCUUGUAUUACAUGAACCAGUUUCUGUAUCCUCAGUAUAUCUAAGGAUGUGAAAGAUGUCUAACUACUGUUGUUUAAGCUCCGCAAAGAUCCUUUGAACCCACCAGUGUGCUAAUGCUCCAGGACAUUGUUGAGGAAAGGCAGGAAUGUAGGUGCAACAUUGUCAGUUGAUGGGACGAUUCUUCUCGGUUCCAAGCAUGAGUAACAUCCUAUUAUCAGCAAUAUGGAAAAUAAAGUGAAGCCACUUCGAAAUGCAUUUUCAUGAGAAUAUUUGGAGGUCUAAGAU